AUGACCACAUCUACUGUCUCAUUCAUCUUGAACAGAGGCUGGCUCUACUCCAGUAUGGCCUUCAAAGUUAAGUCAACUGCACUUCUUCUUAAACACAACAAGACAGAGCAUGACUGGCAGUUGACCGGUGGAGGGCAGAGGGAGGAAGCUACAAUACGAGUUGACAAGCUUGGCGUGGACACUUUUAGUGGCCCAGAGCAAGACGGCUCUUGGUUAAAGAGUAAAUCCAGCCUUAAACGCAAGCCAUAUUCAACAACCAAAACCCCUCCCAGUGCUGUGGAUGUGCCUCCCCCUGCUGUUCUGCUUAUGGGGAAAAAUGCUCACUGUACUUCCUCCACUAAACAGAGGCAUCGCUGCUUCUUUAGUUCAUCUCCUGAUGUGAGCUUCUCCUCAGAGAUUAAUUCACAGCCUUCGGCAGUUGUUCUCUUUGUGUCAUCCCCUGUUACAUACAUCUGCCCUGUGUCUGCCCUACCUCCUUUCCUGUCCAUAUCGUCCUCACUAGACAUCUCUUUCAGUCUCUUGCUGCUGGUGUUUGUGCUGUGUGGCCUGGCCCUGCUGGGUGUCAUCAGCCUCGCCACCUGGAAACUGUGUUGGGUGCCCUGGCGCAGCGAAGCCCUCUCGUCCAGCGCCACUGCCCUUGCCCCCGCCCGCCUGGACAGAGAGCCUACCAGCGAAGGUGACCAAGGCUAUUACUCAACCCAAGGAGAUAUCAUGGCAGACGACAAGCUGAAGGGUCCUGGAAACUUCCUGGAGGCAGCAGUGAAGAUCAGUCAUACAUCCCCGGACAUCCCUGCAGAUGUUCAGCUGUCCAUGAAAGACCACCUGUUAAGACGCACACGCAUCGCCCGGCAGACCACCGAGCCGGCCUCCUCCAACAGGCAUAGUUCCUUCAAGAAGCACCUACCCAGACAGAUGCACCAUGUUACAAGUGUGGACCGCAGCAGCGAUUUUUUGGAUGUGGAAGACCACUCCACCUGCACGGCUGCCUCCCUUGGCCGAAUACAGCCUGAACUUUACAAACAGAGCCCACAGGAGACUGAGGAAUUAUCCAAGAACGGAGCAGCAAAAACCUGUGGCAAGAUCAACUUCUCACUCAAGUACGAUUAUGAGGGUGAACUUCUGCUCGUCACCAUUUUUAAGGCCGUGGACCUGCCAGCCAAGGACUUAUGCGGUAGCUCGGACCCCUAUGUCAAGAUUUACCUGUUGCCAGACCGCAAAUGCAAGUUCCAGACCCGUGUGCACCGCAAGACCCUCAACCCCACGUUUGACGAAACAUUCCAGUUCCCCGUGCCCUAUGAGCAGCUGACGGCCAGGAAGCUGCACCUGAGUGUUUUUGACUUUGACCGCUUCUCACGUCAUGACAUGAUUGGUGAAGUGAUACUGGAAAACCUCUUUGAAAUGUCUGACCUCUCACGGGAAACUUCCAUCUGGAGAGACAUUCAGUAUGCCACUAGUGAAAGCGUUGACCUGGGGGAGAUAAUGUUCUCCCUUUGCUAUCUGCCCACUGCAGGACGACUUACUCUUACAGUCAUUAGAUGCAGAAAUCUCAAAGCCAUGGACAUAACUGGUUACUCAGAUCCAUAUGUGAAAGUGUCACUGAUUUGUGAUGGGAAACGACUAAAAAAGAAGAAAACUACAAUAAAGAAAAACACCUUGAACCCUACUUACAAUGAAGCCAUAAUCUUCGACAUUCCUCCAGAAAACAUGGAGCAAGUCAGCUUACAUAUAUCAGUUAUGGACUAUGAUUUAGUGGGACACAAUGAGGUCAUAGGUGUGAACCGAGUGGGUAGCCAUGCUGAGGGGCUUGGCAGAGACCACUGGAAUGAGAUGUUGGCUUACCCUCGGAAACCCAUUGCUCACUGGCAUCCGCUCCUUGAGCCUAAGAAGUCUGAGAAAGAGUGGAAGACCCGAACUGCGAGCUUUGACAGUCAGGGGUCCUGUCCAUCUCCUCGACUCCCCUCCAGUCCGUAGGGAAGGGGCCUGAAGCACAUGCCUCUCUCUAAGGCUUCUCAAAAGCCAAGGAUCUAUUAGGGAGCUGUGGUAAGAUUCACACGUCCUGAGACGACCUGUGGUACAACGUCUGUCUGUGCGGACAUGGCUUAUAGUACAGACAGAAAGAAGAAUGAGUCAAAGCUUUUCAUGUAUAUUGAGCCUAGCCAAGCUUCUGGUGGGUAAUCAGUUUUAUGUUUUUUUUGUUUCAGCAGAGGUUUAAUUUUCCCUCACUGGCUGAAUUCAUAAGCCAGUCCAGAGGGUUAUGUUAUUGAAUUGCCAUGUAUGGAUUUAAUUGCUCCAAAGUAGGCAAUUAAUAAAUGUAUAGUGUAUUUUAUGCUUGAAAUGAUAAUGUAAAGAUAUAGUUCAUUAAAUAUUAAACCAGUAUUUCCUUUUGCUUGGUUUAGGGAAAUUUAUGGGUUUUUUGUUUGUAGCAUUUGUAAACUGGUUUUAGACAGAGGAAGUGCAUAACAAAUGCACUGUGAGACGCACAUCUGGGUUUGUGUGAAUUAAUUCGGGAGAACUGCUGUGUGACAUCAGAACAAACGUACUCAAAGGUACUUUUGUUGAUGAUGAUGUGAUCCUGUUUGCCACCCAGCAGGGUUUAAGUUCCAAGCCAAGAGACAAGUCUACAUUGCUUAAAUAGUUUCUGACUGGCUGUUUACAAAUAAUCUUUUAAUUAUAUAUAUAUUUAUUUGAAGCCUUUCAGAAUUACUUAGGUUUUUGUGAAAUUUCCAAUCUCAAACAUUAGAGUAUUGUAAAUAUUUUGAUACAAGAAGAUGUUAAAGGUUAUGUAAUUUUCCUUGGAAACAAAAUCUUUCUCAUUCUUGCAUUUAUCUUCCAGUAUUUCUGAUUAGAGUACAUUCUCACAAAUGUUAUAUAAACAUAAGGUUUGACCUUUUCUAUGUUUCUUAUGUUCUUGAAUAGGUAGCAGAUAACCUGGCAAAGCGAUGGCAUCCUUAAAUUGUUCAGUACACAGAAUAGCUGCUAGUUAUUUUUUGCUGUUUUUUUUCUUAUACUAGAGCUGUUUUACUGGGUAAGUUUGUCAUUUUUGACAUUUUCCAGUACACAUGCUGUUUAGCUGGAAAAAACAACCCAGAAUGUAUUUCCCCAAACUUUCUUAGCAUUGCCAUCAUUAUGUGACUGGCUGAGUAUGUCUUGAACUCUCUUUCUAUAUAACAAAGAUCAUAUGCUUUGAAGGCAGCCUUGACUGACGUUAAAGUAUAUCAUUACCUAGAUCUGAGUGAUUGUGUCUGGGACACUUAACAUCUCAUUUCACUGUCCAUAAUCUACAUAAUGUGAAACUGGCACUGGCAACAACAAUUAUAAUUUCACUAAGCAGUAAUCAGAGGCUGCCUUUUAGCUUCCAGAUUAUUCCACUGUGAGCCAUAAAGACAAGUAAGGGCUCUGACAAAACAUUUGGUAGCUUCACUCUUCACAUCCCUAAAGCCACAAUCAGGAGCUGUAAUAAUCAGGACCUCAGCUCUGAUUUUAUGACAAGGGUGCACGGCCAACAUGCAUGUUGCAUUUUUAGUGACGGCAGUAUGGUUGCAUUAUUCCUGUUUGAAAGACUUUUGUGUGUUAGCACAAAAAAACCAGCCUGUCCACUGCAGAAAUUCCUGACUGGGCUUUUAAAGCAUUUGAAAAAACAUUUUAAAAAAUGAAAAAAGGCUAUUAGUUUUUAUUUUAAUAUCAAUUUACGUUUGAGCAAACCAUGUCCAUUGUAGUGUAUUUUUCUUGUUACCUAAAUUGUUCAUAAGAUAAUAUAAUGUAUUUUGUUAGUUGCUUUGGCAGAAACCCCUCGCUAUAGUGAUCAUAGUGAUCAGUGUUUCUGAAUCAAAGACCUAAUGUACUUCCAUUUUCCAGGUGGUAACAAGUACCUUUUCACUUUUAUAUUGAGAAUUUGUAUUUGUAAUGUAAAUUUAUUAAGUUAUUUGUUUCAGAGCACCCCUUGUAUUUCAUUAGAAUGAUUAAAGUUGUUGAUUAUAAUUGUC